AUGGCGGUGUCGCGGCACGCAAAAAGUAUGUGGGGAAUUUGCUUCACCGUUUCGGCGGUGUUGGUACUUCUGGAACCAAUCCGCGGUCACGCAGAAGAAAAGCCUGCGUCCGGUGAAGUAAAGACAUGCACGCCUCAAGCGACUGAGACCGAGGUGGCCUUGUCACUCACUCCCGAGAUGUCGAGCAUUUCGUUCAACUGUGGUACCAAAACUGCAGUACUUAGUCCCGCAAACAAUUCUUUCAGCGUUAAGCCUGACUGCAGUGAGCCACAGCCUCUUACGAACCUGUGUUCCGGCGCCACACUAACGAAAGCCGGAGAGACAACAGGCGAAUUGCAAACUUACGUGCUAACCGUCCCUCAAGAGGGUCGCAGAGGCCAGAUUCUGUACUACAGCUGCAGUGAAGCCGCUCCCAUUGAAAACAGGCGACAGGUGAAGGGAGAUCCCGGCGCUGCUGGCAACAAAGGCAAGUGCACUCUCAAGAUCACCCUCGAGAAACCACCGACUGAGGCCCAAGACGACCAGGGAAAGCCGCCCGCUGCCCUCGAAUGCAAGGCAGGCACGUUGACCGCGACCGCUUCCACAGAGAAACCCGUUUCCUUCAAAUGCUCUGAAUCCAUGGUGCUGCAUCCAGAGAAUUCCGCCGACGUGUUUGAGGACAGCGACGGUAAAUGCGCGAAGAAGGAAUCGCUCGCGAAGCUCGUUGAUGCCACAUUGAGUUCCAAACCACAGGGUGGAGACCAGCCUGGAGCCAAAGAAUACACAUUCGCUGUAAAGACGCCUCCUGUUCACGAUACGGCGCUUUGCUACAAAUGUGUCGCCGCGGACACGGACAGCCAGAAGAGUCGCUCUGCGUCUAUGCGAGCAACACCGGCUGACGAAGGGAAGGAAUGCGUGGUCAAGAUUUCCGUCACGGGGACGUCGGGGGCGUCUCCGUCUGGAGCAGCAGUGUGGGCUGUGCCUGUCUGCCUGAUCGGGGGGGGAUUAAUCAUGAAUCUGCUCUACGUGUGA